CCAUCGCGCGCCCAAGCACCGAAAAAAAUAGUCUACUUUCUCCGCUCAUUGCCCUGGGCCCCCGAGGAGCGCUUAACAAGAUGCCAGGAUGCGACAUGGCGAAGCCGCUCCUGGGCCACACGAACACAGAGAGUGACUCGAGCCUUGCUCCGGAUGCUGGCAGUAGGACAAUUGGAAUUCUGGGAAGUGGAGACUUUGCGCGUUCCCUCUCUAUGCGCCUGGUGUGCUCAGGUUUCAAAGUGGUGAUUGGAAGCCGGAACCCCAAGCGCAAUGCAAGCCUCUUCCCUUCAGCAGCUGAAGUCACAUUCCAGGCAGAUGCUAUAAAGAAGACCAGUAUUAUCUUUGUGGCGAUUUUCAGAGAACAUUACACCACACUCUGUGACUUCAGCGAUGAGCUGGCUGGCAAAAUACUAGUGGAUGUGAGCAACAAUACUGAAAGAAGCCAUCACAAAGAAUCAAACGCUGAAUACUUGGCAUCACUUUUCCCAGCAAGCACUGUUGUCAAAGGAUUUAAUGUGAUCUCAGCAUGGACAUUACAGUCAGGUCCUAGGGAUGGGAACAAGCAGGUCUUCAUUUGCUGUGACAACCAAGAAGCCAAACGCACUGUUGCUGAAAUCGCCCACACGCUGGGAUUCAUCCCUGUGGACAUGGGCUGCUUGUUUUCAGCCCGCGAGAUUGAGAGCAUUCCCCUGCGCCUCCUCCCGGCCUGGAAGAUCCCUGUCUUUUUGGCCCUGGGCCUCUUCCUCUGCUUCUACACCUACAACUUCAUCCGGCAGGUUUUGCACCCAUACAUCUGGGACAAAAAGAACAAGUUCUACAAGAUGCCGGUGGAGGUCAUCAACACCACACUGCCUUGCGUCGCCUAUGUCAUGCUGUCUCUCGUCUACCUGCCAGGAGUCCUGGCAGCCAUCUUCCAGCUGUACCACUGCACCAAGUACAGGCGUUUCCCUGACUGGCUUGACCAGUGGCUGCAGCACCGGAAGCAGAUAGGGCUGCUGAGUUUCUACUGUGCAGCCCUGCAUGCUGCGUACAGUUUCUGCCUCCCCAUGCGACAGUCCCAGCGGUAUCUCUUACUCAACGAAGCUGUCAAGCAGAUGGAGAAGAAAACAGAUGCCUGGGUGGAAGAGGAAGUCUGGAGGAAGGAGAUUUACAUCUCGCUGGGCAUCAUGGCCCUUGGCUUACUCUCCUUGCUUGCCAUAACAUCACUUCCUUCCAUCUCCAACUCUCUCACCUGGAGGGAAUUCAGUUUCAUUCAGUCCACCCUGGGCUUUGUUGCUCUGGUUAUUAGCACUCUCCACACACUGACGUAUGGCUGGACAAGGGCCUUCGAUGAAAAUCAGUACAAGUUCUACCUGCCUCCAACCUUUACUCUCACUCUACUGGUACCGUGCGCCAUAAUCCUGGCAAAACUUUUCUUCUGUCUUCCUUGCAUGAGCCAAAGACUACGGCGCAUCAGGAACGGGUGGGAAAAGGACAGGUACGUCAAGUUCACCCUGCCCAGAGCAUCAGGGGACUUCUCGAGUGGAGAAACCAGCAGUACUGUGUGACACCACACCUUUCCAUGUCGGACUUCAGAGAGUGCCAUGAAGGCUCUUUUUUACAGAGGUUUCUUUUUCUUUGCUUUUUCUAGUUUUGAAAUUUGGAAUCGGUGAAUGGUGGGUGAUAACUAUUAUUUUGAGCGUUGAACAAAAAUUUACUGAAGUUGCUAGUUUGCACAACAGCAUUUAGAAUAGACUAGUAAUUCUCAGGGUGGGGGGAUGUUGCCUUAAAACAUUGAUGCAGAAUUUUGCCCAUAUAAAGAAAGCAGAAGCAUGAUGAAAGCCUAGGCACAUUCAGCAUGAGGGUGAGAAACACCUUAGGAAGAAUCAGCUUGUACCUGUCUGGGGUUUCUUAAGGCUACAAUAAUUCACAUUUACUCCGACAUUGGCUACGAUGGUAGUGGGGCAGGAUAUUCACUCCGGGUGCCAGCCUGAAUAAGGGCUACCCAUGGCGUUGGACCUAGAUGAUGCCUGAGGGUUCAGCACUAUGGAUACCUUAAAGAGUUCAGACUGAAACCCAGAAUGGAUGUACUGCCCCACUGACCAUCUUACACUGAUCCACUUUGAACCACAUAGUUGACUUACAUCUGUGCAAACAUGGAGAUUACUUUGAUAAAGCCAGUUCUUCUGCUUCGCAUUGAGUACACAUGCAUCCGAAUUGUCUUUUUUUUUUGACAAGCAGACUGGGCUAGGCCAGGUGCUGCUUGACUCUAACAGUGGGCCUUCUUUGUUGUGGCACCCUCUUUAUUAUAAUGCCUUCCUUCCUAGCAUCUGGUAGGUGCCAGAGGCAAGUUUUAUGCACCAAGUUAUUCAAGUCUUCCCUGAAUUGUGCUUUCUAGCUUUGGUUUUAAAUAUGCUAACAGUGAGCUUUUUUAUUUAUUUUAAUUUCUGAUUUGCAAACCACUUGCAGCCAUCUUUAGAUAUAAGUGGACUAUAGAUCAAUAAUGCAGAACAAUUCACAUUGUUGAUUAUGGGCCAUGCUGGCUGCAGCUGAUAAGAUUUGGAAGCUAACAUCAUCUAGGGGACUGCAGGUUCCCUUGCACUGUGAUUCUCAGCAAGUUUUCUAACAGAGAAAUUAUGCUGAUUUCAGUGACUUAAAUUUCCAGGGAAUUGUAUGAAGGAUCAUAGCAUUAUCUACCAGUCAGCCAAAAUGCUAAUAGAACUGUUUCCCUUAAACCUCUAAUUCCUGGUGUAAAGAUACUCUCGCUCAGGUUGGAACUUCAAGUUAAAUUAAAAAUACAGCGGCCCCUAAACAAGCAACAUGUUUUAAUCCUCUCUCAAUAACUUGCAUGCAUUGUGCAUUUCCCUACCCAAGAUAAUCAGCUGACACUGGCUGGGGCAGAGAAACACCAGUGCUGUAACACUGGAAGUUACCGACAGAGAAUUAAGUUGCUAGAUACGUAAACGCAGCAUGGAAUUCCAGUCACACUUCAUCACUGGAUCAUGCAACUUCAUACCUUACAGUAUUCUUGUCAAUGGCUCUCAUUCACUCAGUAGCUCUGAAUAAAUGAUCCUGCAAACGUGCUACACACCAUUGCCUUUUAGCAUGUCAGCCACUUAGGCAACAUCCACUCUCUGUCUAGCUCCUGUAUGCUUAUCACAUGUGCACUGUCAAGUGAAGAAAUAUGUGGAUUUAUUCAUUUUCUUGCAAGCAAAAGGUGAAGAAGCUGGAUAGCAACCCCCAUUCCAGAGUGAGUAAUCACAAGUUGGCCGUUAUCCACGACUGCAGAUACAGAAUAGCAAAUUUCGAGCAUAGCUGAUUCACUGCAAAGGCUUCCACACUCUUCUAGCCUGAAGCUCUGCUCCUCUGUCAUUCUCUGCUCUGCUUGCCCACCGCCCCAGCCAGUUCAAGCAGCGAGCGAUGACUUGCAUUUCCUAGAAUGGCUUGGAAAGUUUAUAGAGAGGGAAAGCAGGGUGUAUGAGCAAGCACAGGAAAGGUACUUUAUAUCCUUAACUGAGCGAGGCAACUGAGGGAAAUUGGUAUGUGUGGGUGGCAAAGCGAGGUUUGGGAAAGAAGUCGAGGCACAAGGCUCAGACUACCAUCCUUUUUCCUGCUGGCAUAGUUGAUGUGGAUCCAAUUUGACUUGUAAUCCACUUUGUCCCAGGCCACAAUGGAUUAAAUCCAACCUUGGGCUGACCUGGAGUUCCUGAGGCCAGUAUGGUUGGAAUGCCCAUUUUUAGGGUGCCUUGGAUGAUUAAGGCAAUGUCCUCCCUCCUGCAUCUGGGCCAGGGCCUUCAUCAGAUCACUGACUUAUUUAUCCACUUACAGCUGAUCAUUUUAAAUUCUCAUCCUUCCAGGCAUGAAAGUGUUGUGGCCAUAUUAAAUUUUCAUUACAUUGGUUAUUGGUUAUCCAACUCACUGCUAUGACGCUAGCAAUGAUUACUGCUGAAGGAAGCCAUCACCAGAAUUGAUGUGCACCCCUGACAUACUGCGAAAGCAUUUCCUUGUCUGCCAAAUGUACCUCUCAGCUUUUGGACAUUAAAACGUACAAUGUACAAGUAAGGAACAGAUCCAUCAGCCCAGAAACACGUUUGAUGAGCAGGCAGGGCUAGAAUUGCCAGUGAGGGAAUCUGGCUGUCUUCAAAGAGAGUAAGCUGAGCAGCAAAUCAGGAGCUGCAAUGAAGCAAACCAGACCCCUCUGGUUUGACUUAAAAGGAUUUAAUUGAGAGUGUAUCAUCAGCGUUACAACAUACGGCUGUUAAUAUAAAUGGAGUCUACUUGAUAUUGUGGGGACUCAGGAUUACUGAUCCAGAGCAUAGACUACUUAUUACUCCAGUAGAGAGGAACUUACACAAGAAAAGGAUUUCCAUGCACAUGCAGAUGUAAAUGAUUCUCCAAAUUACAAAGCAGUCCCACUGAACUGGCUGACUAUGCCUCAGUACCAGUCAACAGGGAUGUACAUUCCCUCAUCACACUCACUGACUUGUGUACAACUGUGCACAGCUGGAUUUGGGCUUGCUCCUCUAGUGAAGAAAGGGAAAGCUAUACUGCAGCCACAGCAGAUCCCCACGGCCAAACUCAGUGAGAACGAAGUGGACUGCAUGUAAGGCUAGAAAAGCCCUAGUGUGCUCUGCAGACACAAGCAACCCAUAUCAAGCUUGCAUUGUUAAACCAGGCAGAGUUUGUCUAGAUACAGAAUCAGCAGCAGCAUGGAGUAAGAGAGCUCAUGCAUCACACAUGGCUCCCUUUCAGGUUAUUCUGCUUUGGCAGACAUGAAUGACCAGGCCAGAAUAAACGUACCAACUAAAAGACACCUCCUCCUACCUUUCUUGAAUGCAGGGAAGUCCUUUGGGGAACUUGGCAUGGAAACGGGUCAUACGGAGACUUGGGAGGAAAUGCUCCUGGUCCACCAGUGCAGUUCUCCUUUAAACCAUUCUGACACAAAUUCUUAGGUUUAGAAAGCAAUGCUGCCGUUCUGCAUGAGAAUCUCUAAAAAGGAAGCUGCAGAACAUUUUGGUGCAAACUAGGAGUACUUUGGAUUAGUGCUAUGUAGCUCAUGUAAACUGCAUGCCUCUAUAGUGUUGUAACAGUCUGGAAGACAUCUAAAAUCCUGGUGUGUGGAAGGCGCAUGGAAGAAUCAACAGCCAAAUAAUUUUAUUUUACAUACGGCUAGACAAAGAUAACAUAGCCAACUAGCAAAGAUUUUCAAAUAGUUUGAAAUGGAAUAGUCCAAAAUCAUUAGCCUCAAUAGAAAUGGCAAAGCAGAUUAGUAAGGAGUUCCAUGCAGCUCUUGCAUGUGGAUCAAGUACAGAGCAAAACAGGCUUUGAAUAAAGCUACUCAUGCUUUACCUACUGUUCCCAGUUUGGUGCUUGUCUUCCCUUCUUUAGACCCAGAAGCCCAGAACUGUGGCUUUGAGUUUCUCAGAAAUUUGUCCCAUGCCACAAUGGAUUAAAUCCAACCUUAUGCAAGUGGACUUUUCUGCUUCUUUUUCCCUGCAGCAUCUCCACCCUACAUCUCAAAAAAUAUGCCCCAGAAGGUAUUCCCCCUACUACCACCAAUUACUCCUCACUUGUUUUCCUUUUCAAACAAGGCGAUACCUGCAAAACCAAGAGAAGUUUCUUUAAGAAGAGGCCAGCGGAUGAGUUAUUCAUAAGAUUCCAGUGAGGUCUUCAGUCCAAGGAUCAUUAAUGCUGGAAGUCUAUUACCCUUUAACAUAUGGGAAAAAUACUGUGAGACUAUGCCAGGAAGGGCAACAUCCCAUGGUUUGGGAACUCUUCCUACUUAUCCUCAACAUGCAACAGGUUAGGUAGCAAAGAGCAAGGGAAGCAAAGGGGAGGGGAGAGUAGCACCAGAAGCAAAGUCUUAUGCAAGUGAUCCCUGCAUUCUUUAAUGUGCCCUUCACUGACAAAGCCGCUACAUAUACAGGUGUAACAGUGUCAUUACAUAAACCCCUUAGUCCCCUCCAAAAAUAUUCUGUAUGAGUAAUUCUAAAAAGUAAGCUACUGCAUCGGGUUUGCUUUCCAUCAUUGUUUGCUUUCAAGACACAAGAAUGUGAUAGAAAAGAUUCAGCGUGGACCAUGGUGACAAGGAGGAAGAAGACAGCAGCACAAUUACUGGAGAACAUGGAGGUAAAUAUGAGCCAUGAGAUGAAGAGUAGAGAACUGUUCAAGGCUCCACAAGUCUGCUUCCUAAAAAUGGGAAGUCCUCUUGGCAUCCAUCUUGCCCAGGUUUCUGUUUUUAUCAGGUGCCACCUGUACUUUCCAGUUUCUCCACAACUAGGAGAUCCAGAAAUGUUAUUAAAAACCCUAAUCCAGCACACAAGAAAAAAAAUACAGCCCAGGUAGCUGCAAUUUGAUAGAGCAUUUGUCUAUACCAUUUGAUAGUACUCACAUUCGCCAUUAGCUAAAACAGUUCAUAAGCUUCACAUAUAAACACUACUGAGGAUGCCAAGUUUCAGAACUGUUGCUUGACUAUACACUGAAGCUUCCUGCUCCUAUAAAAUAUUUGAUAAGUUAUUGUUUUUAUUGCAGAAGCAAGCUGCUUUUUCUAAAGGUCAUUAGGAAACAAAGCCCUUCUGUAAAUAGUUAAUACAUUUCCAACAUGUAAUUAGUGGAAUAGAAAGGUUGCGGAAUGCUUGCUUGAUGAUAUAUCAAUGUUAUUUUUCUAUUGAUAUUCUAUAAUGGAUAUACUGUGGCAAAAUGAGAUAUGAAAUGUAUACUGCCUAUAUCAAUGUUUUCUGCUCUGCCUAAUUUGUGCCUUGGGAGUUUUAACCAGUUAUGAUCCCGCUUUGUAGUAGAACUUAUUUUUCCUGUUGUCAUCAUGUACGAAAUGUAAUCAGGCUGUACCUAUGAAAUGGAAAUACUGAUGCUAGUGAACCACUGACCUCCCCAACACUUGUAUUUGCAAUAAAUGGUUAUUUUUAAA